AUGAAAAUAUCUGCGGCGCAUCUUGUGGCUAUUGGCCUCACUGUUCUUGCAAGUGUGGUGUUUGGCUCCACCGUAGGCGAUCCUGCCGCGUUCAGCAAAGUCUGGGAUAGCAAGGACUUGAAAGAGCUUCAAUCUGAGCCCAGAGAAGUGGAGGGGGGUAAUAGAUUGCUAUUUGCGGAGCCUGUUCAAGAAGGCAAGUCAACGAAUACUGCAACGAAAAUGCGCUUUGGAUCCUAUGUGAUUUCGAUUGUUAAUAGUCCUAAUAGCAAUCACCGAUACUCUAGAUACAUUAAGAGUCCAGAAGAUCCACCCACCCAUUUUCACUUGUUGAUUCAAAUCCUCACUUCCUGUUCACUGAAAUUCAAAUGGUUCUCCAAGCUUGUCCAUAUGUAUCUACCUGAUUUAAGCCCAGCAAGCUAG